CGAUUCUCGGCCGACGCCAACCACCUUACUCUCCAGGCGGACAGCAGGAUGCCUGCGAGGUGUUUCCGGCCCAAUUCGCCAUGGAGGUCACCGUCAGACGCACGGCGGCUCUCGUAGCCCGCCCCGGCGGGCUCCGGCCUGCUGCUGCAGCAGCCCUCGCAGCAGCUUCCGCCUCGCGCCAGUUCUCGCUGUCGAGCCUCACCCGUCCGCCGCCCAACUACCCGGGGCACGUCCCUCUCACCUGUAUCGAGAAGGCCGCGCUGGCCAUCGGCUCCGGACUGAUGUCCCUCCGUGACCCCCGACGAGGAGGCACGCUUGCCUGCCCCUCUCACGUAUCUGUUGCCCCCUCCUCUCCGGCCCUACUAACCUCCCGGAGAGCGCAGACCUCAUCGCCGCCUUCGCCGAAGCGACCGCCACGCCCUACUUCAUCUACCGCCUGCGCGACGCGAUGCUGGCCUCGCCGACGGGCCGACGCAUCCUGCGCGACCGGCCGCGCAUCACGUCGACGUCGCUGAACCUGCCGCGCCUGCGCGCGCUGCCGGCCGGCACGGUCGGGCGCACGUACGUGGCCUGGCUCGACCGCGAGGGCGUGUCGCCCGACACGCGCGCGGCCGUGCGCUACAUCGACGACGAGGAGUGCGCCUACGUCAUGCAGCGCUACCGCGAGUGCCACGACUUCUACCACGCCCUGACCGGCCUGCCCAUCGUGCGCGAGGGCGAGGUCGCCCUCAAGGCCUUCGAGUUCGCCAACACCCUGCUGCCCAUGACCGGGCUCAGCGUGUUCGCCGCCGCGACGCUGAAGAGGAGCGAGCGCCGCCGCUUCGCCGCCAUCUACCUCCCCUGGGCGCUGAGGAACGGGCUGCGCGCGAAGGAGUUGAUCAAUGUGUACUGGGAGGAGCAGCUCGAGAGGGACGUGGAUGAGUUGAGGAGGGAGCUCGGGGUCGAGCCGCCGCCGGAUUUGCGGGAGAUACGCCGGCAGGAGAGGGAAGAACGGCGGCGGAGGAAGAGGGAGGAGGAGACGAAGGCUGCGAGGGGGACACAGGCCUAGUUGACCGAGUCUGGCGAUGGCAACAAAACCGCGGCUUGAUGGGCGCGUGUAGAAUUAGAGAGAAAAAAAAACAACCGUACGAUACUGUAGGAACCAGCAAAGUGACUUCGCAGCC